AUGGCGUCCUCAGCAUCUCGAAUUGUUCAUCAAGAAUAUAUUGCUCGCAUACGAUAUUCCAAUGCCUUACCACCACCUCCAAAUCCUCCCAAACUCCUCGACAUCCCAAAUACUGGCCUUGCCAGUGGUCAAUAUACUACACCUGGAUUUGCUACAAGAUUAGCGCGAGAUCAACCAUUGAAUAUCGAAGCCGAUGCGGAACUUGGUAUGCCAUUAGACUUGGUGGGAAUGCCAGGCAUAUUUGACGGAGACGAGAGCUCUAUACAAGCGCCAUUGCAUCCUCCACAACUUCAUCCUCAUGAUCGUGCUCUCCUCAGACCAUUGGCGACAUUGGGCAAGCCCAAAUUCUCCGACACAGGAGUCUCAUUUUUGCGACGCACUGAAUAUAUCUCUUCUGGCUUCACCUCAAAAGCGCGGAUGGAAGGCACCACCUCAGCGAAAGGACUUGUUGACACACGAAAACCAAAACCUGUUCAAAACUUACCAGCUGAUCGCGAAUCUCCUGCAUACAUCAAGGCACAGGUUGAGAAGGGCUUCGAAACCGCCGCUACCAAUCUCAAGGAUCGCACCCGAGUCCGCCAUCCUACCAAGCGGAAUGUCCAAUUAGUGGAUGCAGUUCCUCUUAUACCAGAUCUCGAUGCUUUCCCAGAUGCGGGUGGAUAUGUCCUUUUGAAGUUCCUCACCAACCCUGUUCCUCCAAGCUCUACUUACGACGCUCGGGUUGAGAGCAGUGUUUUAAGACCCGCUGAUCCCACCGAGGCAGAAAUCGAAAUGAAAGAAGCUGCUAGACAAGCUUAUGAAUUAGAUCCCCAUAAUAACCCAGCUCCGGACGAAAAGAUACAAUACGAAAUGUUCAUGCCGGAUACGGUUACUGAUGCCAAGAAUAUCAAACGGAAAUUCGACGUUCUGGAUCCUGAACACGACGAUAGGGACCUGUAUUCACAAUUUGAUGAGGAAACAGGCAAAGGAGCGUUCAGACUGAAGAGACUCCGUGGCUAUGAAACAGUUCAAACAAGCGGUGGGACAGAUGACAAAUAUGAUGAAUAUGUGGUGAUAGCUAUGCACGAUGGGACCGAUGGAUUACACCAAAAAGCCGCUCAUUACUAUCCUGUCGUUCAACGAAGUUCCAUCAGACCACAGAGAACCAAGAAUAUUCAAAAGAUGAGGCACAAUAUUAGCGGCGAAGAAGAGGAAGUUUUGGAUAUGGUGGAUCUGAGUAUUGUUGACCCGAGCGCGGAGACGAAGCAAGUGAUGGAAGGGUUCAAGACUUGGCCGUAUGGAGAGAACCAUGAAGAUGACGCAGAAAGAGAGGCAGCUGAAGUCGAGGAGGCGCUCUCCGAAGCAGAUGCUGAAGGCGAGGACGACGAUCUGAAUUCGCCUGUAAGACCUAGUUUGGGUGGAAAGACAAUUGCGUCUAGGGUGCAGAGUGAUGAGGACGAUGACGAUGAGAAUGAGAGUUUACAUUCUGAGGAUUAA